UGUCAGCUGCUGAAGAUCACGGCCAAGGAGAGACCAGAAGAAAAAAAAACUUAUAUAAUAACCUACUACCGAUCGGUAUUCUUUAGUUAAGUGCCAACCAUAGUACGGUCAGGAUCGUGCCAACCCUCUGCAGAGUGCGCCCCACUGAGUGUGACCAGCGACCGCACACAGCCCAUUCAGGAACAUUCCUUCCUGGAGAGCUCUGCAGCUUCAAUAGUUAGCUAGGUGUCCUUCAGCAGAAUUCUAGGAAUUCAUCACCACACCGUGUGCGCUUCCUGAAGUUGUUACUCGCAGAAAAUCUGUUGCCAGUGCCCGUGUGCGAAAGUGUACGAAGUGGCCAAACGAAUUUUGGCGCUGAGAAGCUACUGGUUGCCUAGUGAGAAACAGUUCCAGUGAGUUGGAAAACAGAUAGAAUACUACAAGCUGUAGCAGAACCCCAAGUGUUUCGGUUAAAGUUCACGUCUGAAACCAACAGUUAAGAGGGAAGUUGCAACAGCAGCGACAAAAGAAAAACAAACUUCUGACAGUGCUACUUGGAAAAGUAAUAUAUAGGAAAAUAUAUUAUUCGGGAAAUAUUUUCUCUGAUUGCAAAAAAAGUGAAGUGAUUUACCAAUUCAAGAAGAGCAAUAACACGCUGAAAGAUUGAAAGUCAUCUGCUACAAAAAUUGCAAAGGAAUAGUUCCUUCGAAGUAGAAAGAUCACUCCAGCCAUUCCAAUCAAUAUUUAUCGCCACUUUGAGCCGAGUUGUGGGUCGCGUUUUUUCCUUUGCUGACAGCGUAAACAAACAGUAAUCAGAAAACCACCAUGCUUCCAAGAGCGUUACACUGGAACCUGCUGGCGUGCCUGCUGCUCGCCUCCGCGCUCAGUAUAGAAGGUGCCAAACGACGAGCCCGACUGGAGCUGCCCAUCUCCAAGCCAGCCGAUGCCCCGCUAGAGGAUAACCUUGCGACCGCAUCCGGUUCCGAGCCCUCGUACGACCGGGUCGAACCCCCAGCAGCUGUGGUAGCCACGGCGCCUAACCCACCGGCUGCGUCGACAGCUACGCAGAACGCACCGGCGGCAACGUCCACCGAAACCGAAACUUCGAACAGCUCGGGUAGUUCCGGUAGCUCCGAGAACAGUUCCCAGAUGGUUGACGAGUACAUCGACGAAGACUGCGAUCCGGACUUCGUGGCGUUCGAGCUGGUCACCGGUUAUGUGUUUUCCGCGCCAAACAAACUGCUCGACUCGAUUCCCGGAACCCUAAUGCUGACCGACUGUCUGGAAGCCUGCCAAAACAAUGACUCGUGCGCCUCGGUCAACUACGAAACUGGACUGUGUGUGCUGUUCUCGUCCAAUUCCGACAAAUUACCAGGUGCCCUGACUAAGUCUCAGUUCCCAGUGUUCACCAUCUACGCCCAGAAGUCCUGCCUCAAGCUGCGGCCAUGCGAGCGCGCCUGGUGCAUCGACCGAGUCCAGGGCUACAAACUGAUCGGCCACGUCAAGCGAACUGCCCAGGUUCUGAACCGCCGUGACUGCCUCGAAAUGUGUCUUGGAGAGAACGAUUUCACAUGCCGCUCCGCCAACUUCUACCAAUCAACGCUGUCCUGUGAGCUCUCCGAUAUGGACCGGAUCACGCUGGCUGGAUCCAGCGCCUUCCAGGCUGCCGACGGGUCGGACUACCUGGAGAACAACUGCGCCGAAGAGCCAACCAAGCUGUGCGAGUUCAAGCGCAUGUCCGGACGCAUCCUCAAGACGGUCGAUUCCGUGUACCAGGACGUUGCCAGCGUCGAUGAGUGCCGCGAGCUGUGCCUGAGCUCACCCUACCGUUGCCACUCGUACGACUACGGAGAUACCGGCGAUAUGGUCUGCCGUCUGUCGCAUCACAGCCGGGCUACCCUUGCCGACAUCCAAGAUCCUUACCUGGACGUGCCGGAAGCUGCCACCUACGAGCUGUCCUCGUGCUACAACGUUUCGAUCGAAUGCCGCGCCGGGGACAUGAUAGCGAAGAUUCGUACAUCCAAACUGUUCGAUGGAAAGGUGUACGCCAAGGGUGCUCCCAACUCGUGCUCUGUCGACGUCAAGAGCUCGCUGGAGUUUGAGCUGCGCAUGGCGUAUCAAGACAUCGACUGUAACGUCCGCCAGAACGGUCUUGGUCGCUAUCUGAACGAUGUCGUCAUUCAGCAUCACGACACGAUCGUCACCUCGUCCGAUUUGGGCCUGGCUGUUACCUGCCAGUACGACCUCACCAACAAAACUGUCUCAAACGAUGUUGACCUGGAUGUCACCGGUGAUAUCGAACCAGCCCUAUCGGAAGAGGUUGUGGUGGAUUCACCAAAUGUCGUCAUGAAGAUCACCUCUCGCGACGGAUCGGAUAUGAUGCGUACCGCCGAGGUCGGAGAUGCUCUAGCGCUACGUUUCGAAAUACUCGACCCACAAUCACCAUACGAAAUCUUCGUCCGCGAAUUGGUUGCCAUGGACGGAGUCGACAGCAGCGAGAUUACCCUCAUCGAUGCCCGCGGUUGCCCCACCGAUCAUUUCAUCAUGGGACCCAUCUACAAGAGCGCUGGUUCCGGUAAGAUUCUGCUGUCCCACUUCGAUGCCUUCAAGUUCCCGUCCUCGGAAAUGGUUCAAUUCCGUGCCCUCGUCACACCGUGCAUGCCAACCUGCGAACCGGUUCAGUGUGACCAUGAUGACUUUGCAGCCGGAGAACUUCGCUCGAUCGUUUCCUACGGACGCAAGCGCCGCUCGGUCAACGCCACCCAGGAGUACAGCCUCCGCCGUCUGCGUCGCGAAACUACUCACCAGGCUCCUCAAGACGACAUGCUGCUUGUCCAGUCUAUCCAGAUUACCGAUAAAUUCGGCUUCGAGAAACAACAGCAAGCUAAACCUAAGCUUAGCAGCAGCGAGACUGUAUUCGUUGCAUCCACCGACGCUCAGGGCAUCUGCGUGAAUGGACUCGGUCUCAUUGUCGCCGGAGCCGUAUUCUUGCUCGGUCAACUUGCCAUCAUCGCCAUCUGGACCUACCUGUGGCAGCGUCGCAGGAAGCAACGCCAGUUCGAGAACGCUUCGAUGGGCUCCUCGGUGAUGCCAAGCCCAACCCUUGCCACCAGCAGAGGAGACUCCAUGUGCAAGCUGUACGACAGUGGCUACGCAGGAAGGCACUUUUAAACCCAUUCCCGCUAUCACACACGAGCAUCACACAAGGCUGAACUAUCUCCACAUUCCCUUACUCACUAAACCCCUUUGAAAAAUGCGUAAUCCAUAAUCAAAACAAUCAUCGUCAUGAAUUCUCCAAUCUAAUCUCAAAGUUCUAGAGCUAGAUUUGUAGUGUUUUUUUCCGGGAUGUGCGGAAAAUGUCGAGUAACGUAACUGCCAUUUAAUGGUCUAAUUUUUUUUUAUAUAUUUCUCCGCUUGAGCCUUCCCAAUGCAGAAUUUUAUUACGACCAGUAUCAACCAGUGAAAGAGCGAGAGUAUUCGAAACUCUCACGCGCACAUAGUAUCCUUUAUCCUUAACACAUAUAGAGACUACCAUUCUGCAUCCCAUAUUUCAAUCGAAAAAGUCAAAAUAUUUAUCGGUGACCAUCCCUGAUAAGUUUGGUGCACCUCCAAACGAUUCAGACAUCAAAUUUAUUCUUAUUUUAUAUACCCAACAAAAGAGAGAAAAGGACGACGAGAGUAUAGAGCUGAAAUCUUUGAAAAAAAUUAACUAACAUGUGUGGAUGUGAACGCGUAUAUCUUUAGCGUGGCUUAGAAUCGAUAUAAUAAUUUACAACGUAAGACUGGAUGAGUGCGUGCGAACGAGUUUCCUUUUUUUUUAGAUGAAUGAACGUGGCUUAGGCGUAGCUAAACAUUCUCACACACUCUCUCUCUCGAAACAAAGAACAUUUUAUGAGCAAAACAAAAAAAAACCUUCUAGCAUGAACAAUUUAUACUCCUUUGUCCUUUUCUCCCGAGCUCUGGGCCUUGGGGGGUAGAACCGAUCGCACGCAGCGGCGUUUGAGUGUGAGAGCCGACGUAAGCCCCACGGGGCUCAACUAUAAGCAUUUAUCGUAAUUUAUUUUUUAUUCAUUAAUCCCUUACUUUUAGUAGCGCCUCCCCCAAAUGCGUAACGAAGAAGAAUCCUCUCUUCCUUCCGUUUGUAAUUUAUUUUAGAACUGCGGUAACAUUUCUCCGAUGGUUACAAAUCAAAUGCAAUAAAAAAAAAGAUACAAGAACACAAAACGAUUAUGAGUUUAGUAGUGCUAACAAUAGAAACUAACCGCCCGUAAUAAUAGUAGAGAGUAUAAUGCGAAACAAUUAGGCUUCCGUUUUUUCAUUUGCUGCAACAAACCCCCAUAAUAAACUGUUUUACUUAUAGAUUCAUAGCUUACUACUAACCAUUCACCCAUCAAGCAUUGUAGUUGUGACUUAUUGAUGAGAAUUUAAACGAAAAAAAAAGCGAAAUAAAAAUGCAAGCGAACAAAUCAAUUACUGCGAAACACCGAGUUAAAGUCAAAAAUUAAUAUUUAAUUUAAAGCAAGCAAACUUAGUUAAAAUAAAUUUAAUGUAGUGUUAGUCGUAAGGCGAACAAUUAAUAAUAUUCGGAAGCGAUAGCGGUAGCGAGAUCGAGGCGAAAUAGAAAGAGAGAAGCAAGAAGUAUAAUACAUAAAUCACAUAUGCAUAUGUUUUCUAUGUAUUCGAAAAACAUAUAAUGUAAAACAUUAUUUUUAUGAAUAAAAUAAAACUCGAAAAGUACAUGAGCCA